AUGUCAUCCCAGGAAAACCUGAUUAUCAUUGAUUUCGAGGGGGACCAUCCUCAAGACUGGCCCCAAUCUCGAAAAUGGCUUAUUAUGGUUACUGUGGCCAUUCCGUUGUUCCUGAUGCCGCUUUCUUCGACCAUCACCACUCCCGCGGUCGAUGCUAUCGCGGCAGAGUUUGAUGUCACUUCUUCUAUCACUGGCCCACUAGCACUGUCCUUGUUUCUGCUCAUGUACUGCCUUGGCCCUAUUAUUCUAGGCCCUUUGUCUGAGCUGUUUGGACGAUGGCCAGUGCUACAGGCAGGCAAUUUAUUUUAUCUCAUCUUCAACCUUGCAGCGGGUUUCUCAAAAAGCAUGUCCGAGCUUCUGGUGUUUCGAUUGCUGAGCGGAAUGGGCGCUAGUGCCUCUUUGGCAGUUGGAGCAAGUAUGAUUGGGGACGUCUUCCGGAAGGAAGAGCGAGGACUUCCGUUGGCUCUCGUCAGUAUGGGCCCUGUCUUGGGAUCAUGUCUCGGUCCCAUAAUUGGUGGGUUUAUCACCGACUACUCGACAUGGCGCUGGGCUUUCUACUCGACAUCAAUCGCAUCCGGAGCGUUUUCGGUUCUGUGUUUCAUCAUAGCCCGCGAAACAUACGCACCAGUUCUACUGCAGCGCAAGAAGCAGAAGCAAAUGGCAGGAAAGACUUCGAAGGAGGGACCUGAGCCAGUAUGGAGUACUCCGUAUGAAAAGGAGAAUGAAACUCUCACCCAGCGCUACCAACGAACGCUUCUCCGGUCGCUGUACUUUCUCUGCACUCAGCCCAUUGUACAGGCACUGGCGUGCUAUUAUGGAUACCUGUAUGGCAUUGUGUACCUGCUUCUUUCCAGCUUUUCCGAUCUGUGGAAAAAUCAAUACCACAUGAAGCUCAGCACAGGCACACUCAACUAUAUUGCCCCCUGCCUGGGCUACCUAUUCGGAGCAGCAGUUUGUGCUUUUCUUACCGAUCGGGUAUACCGUUUCCAAGUGGCCAAAAACAACGGCGUCGGGAGGCCUGAAUUUCGCCUGCCGAUGAUGGUCCCAGCGUCUUUGCUUGUACCAAUUGGCCUUUUGUGGUUUGGAUGGAGCGCGGAGUACAAGACCCACUGGAUUGUUCCCGAUAUUGGUAUUGCGUUGCCACUCAUGGGUGCUACCAUCGUUUUCCAGUGUGUCAGUGCGUAUCUCUUGGAUACAUUUCCCGUGUAUGCUGCCAGCGCAAAUGGUGCAGUAUAUAUUCUGCGGGGCCUGACCGGGUUUGGAUUUCCUCUGUUUAGUCCAACAAUGUACUCGGCCUUGGGAUAUGGAUGGGGCAACAGUGUUUUGGCAAUUUUGGCGUUGGGGGUUGGCUGCCCCAUUCCUUUCAUCCUAUGGAAAUACGGGGAAAAGUUUCGCGCGGCAAGUAGUUACGCGGACCACACAAAGUAG